AUGCACAGAGUUUUAUCGAUUUUUGCACUUUUUCUCGGUGAGUUUUCUCGGAAAAUAUCGAUUUUUGGCUAUUUUCAGAGGCCUCAGGGUUACUGUAGCUUUUUCGCCAGAAAAUUUGCAACAUUUUGAUACCAAACAUGCUUAGGGGGUACUGUAGAAAAUUGUGCCAAAAAUUCCAAAAAAUGGAUCAAAUUCUACAGUAACCCUGGGCAUGUUUAGUGUCUAUAAACGUGGAUUUUUGCGCUGGAAUCUACAGUAACCCAAAUACAGUAACCCGCGAAAAUCCACGUUUUUUGACACCAAACAAGCUUAGGGGUACUGUAGAAAAUUGUGCCAAAAAUUCCAAAAAAAUGGAUCAGAGUUUCUACAGUAACCCUGAGCUCAUUUGGUAUCAAAAUACGUGGAUUUUCUACGCCUACAGUACUAUCGGAGAAAAAUUUGGAACAUUUUGACACCAAACAUGCCUAGGGGUACUGUAGGCACUAAAUCUACAGUACCCCCCAAGCCUAGGCAUAUUCGGUCUCAAAAUGCUCCAAAUUUUCCCGCCAAAAAACUACAGUAACCCAAAUUUCCCUACAGUAUCCACCUCGUUGGCACAAUUCCAAGAUUCGUGUCCGGACACCACCUACACGGCAAUUCAAAAAUGCUAUCAAACCUAUUUUGCGGGCUACAAUAUGACGAUGACCGACACAAUUCCCGAAUAUUGGAGUUUUCACGGUGUGCGCAAGCAACUUUUUAGAGGAUGACGGGCUUCACAUUCAACCCUACGUUUGCCAGUGAGUCGGGCCUGAGGGGCCUGAAAAUCGGGCCUAGUUUUUAGGCCUGAAAAUUUGGAGCAUUUUGAGCCCAAACAAGCCUAGUUUUGGCCCGGGCCAAAACUAGGCUUAUUCGGGCUCAAAAUGCUCCGAAUCUCGAGCCGAAUCCAAAUUUUACAGGCUCGCCAACUCCCUGGUCUCCUGUCUAGCACCAUAUCAAUGUAUGGGCCCGAAUGCCUACGUGCAUUUCAACGCCGCCAACGCCACCCAGGCUCAGGAUUAUUGGAUCGAUUUGGCCGUGUCGAAUUAUCAGUGUGGAGUUGGAUAUAAUUGUGAGUGGAGGGUACUGUAGCGGGGGUACUGUAGCAGAAAUUUGCUAAAUUUUGAUACCAAACAUGCCUAGGUUGGGGGUACUGUAGAAAAUUGUGCCGAAAAUUCCGAAAAAAUGGAUCAACCGGAUUACUGUAGAAAAAAACAUGUUUUUGACUGAAAUUUUGUGCUGAAAACGCUGAAAUUAUUGAUUUUCAGCGGUUUUCAACAUUUCCAGCGUUUUCAGCAUGAAAUUUGAGUCCAGAAAGAUUCCAAAAAAUUUUGUAGAUCAAUUUUUCUACAGUACCUAACCCUAGGCAUGUUUGGUAUCAAAAAACGUGGAUUUUCUCGCCAGAAGCUACAGUAACCCGAAUUCCAAGAGUACUGUAGGAAAAUCCACGUUUUUUGACACCAAACAUGCCUAGGUUAGGGAUACUGUAGAAUAUUGUGCCAGAAAGAUUCCGAAAGAUUUUGUGGAUCAAAAUUCUACAGUAACCCUAGGCAUGUUUGGUGUCAAAAAACGUGGAUUUUCACGCCGAAAAAUCCACGUGGCACUAAAAAUUGAUCUACAGUAAGCCUGGUGUCAAAAAAUCCAAUUUUUGGGCCCGAAAAUUGAUCUACAGUAACCCUAGGCAUAUUUGGUAUCAAAAAAUCCCAAUUUUUCAUCUACAGUAACCAUGACCGAAUUCUACUGUAUGGCAUUCUGCCGCGAUCGCUACACACCGGAUUUGGACGCGUGCGACGCGCAAGUCAACGUGGACGUCGCCGGCGGAAUGAAUGUGUGUGCGGCGAUGCAGAAGGACUACAAUUGUCAGGCGAAAAUCUACUCGAAUUGUUGUGACACAAAUGCCGGAGUGUAUAUUUGUAAUGUUAAUUUGGCUGGUGAGUUGAGGAGAGUGCAGAGAAGCUAGAGAAGGUCAGAGACGCAGAGGGAAAUACACUCGCUCCGCUCGAGGCUAGACAGCUAGAGAACAUGGGGAGGUUAGAGACGCAGAGAGCAAGACAGCUAGAGACAGAACCCAGAGGGUUAGAGACGCAGAGGGAUAUAUACUCGCUCCGCUCGAGGCUAGACAGCUAGAGAGCAUAGGGAGGUUAGAGAGCAUAGAGAAGCUAGACAGCUAGAGCAAAUACCCAGAGGGUUAGAGACGCAGAGGGAAAUACACUCGCUCCGCUCGAGCAGCUUCGCGGAAGCUUGCAGCAGACAGCUAGAGAACAUAGCGUUGGUUAGAGACGCAGAGAAGCUAGACAGCUAAAGAAACUACCCAGAGGGUUAGAGACGCAGAGGGAGAUACACUCGCUUCGCUCGAGCCGCUUCGCGGAAGCUUGCCACAGACAGCUAGAGAACGUGAGGAGGUGAGAGACGCAGAGAGGCUAGACAGCUAGAGAUAAUAAUCAGAUGGUUAGAGACGAAGAGGGAAAUACACUCGCUCCGCUCGAGACGCUUCGCGGAAGCUUGCAGCAGACAGCUAGAGAGCAUAGCGUUGGUUAGAGACGCAGAGAGGCUAGACAGCUAGAGGCAAUAGCCAUGUUUUCUGGCCAAAAAUCAUGUUUUCCUGGCCAAAAAUCAAGUUUUUCUGGCCAAAAAUCAAGUUUUCUAUCCAAAAAUCAUGUUUUUCUGGCCAAAAAUCAAGUUUUCCUGGUCAAAAAUCAAGUUUUCCUGGCCAAAAAUCAAGUUUUCCUGGCCAAAAACAGCCUAAGAAACUGUUUUCCGGUGAAAAAUGACGUAAAAAACCAAGAGCUAGAGAGCAUUGGCUAUGGAGAGAGUGCAGAGAGGCUAGACAGCUAGAGAAGGUUAGAGACGCAGACAAACACAGUAUUUUUCCCAGGAACCAACGCCGUCGAUCCAACCUGCUCCAACGCCGGCCUUCUCUCCUGCCCACAACCAAAAUAA